CUCACAACCAGACCCCUCUCUCUCUCUCUUUAAGUCUACAUAAAACGUAUAAUUUGUCUUUCUUCACGUAUACACGGUGACAAUGGUAAAGAUUCCGGUGAGGUUUGAGAGGGUGGCUGCGGCAUUUAACGAGGCGUCUCGGGCGAGACAGUCUCCGUGUGAUAGUAGUGGGAGCGACCACUCUCCGGAGACUACUCCAUACGACUUAUCGGAUCUUGUGAAUUGCUUCAUUGAAAGAGACAACGAAGACGUGCCUGAGAUCGAACAUGAAGAAGAGACGGAGUGUUCGUGGUUGGAUUCUGAGACCAGGGACAAGUUGAAGAGCUUGUUCUCCAAUGACGAUGACGAUGCGAAGCACAAGAUUUUUGCGGAGACAGAACUUGCAUUGGGGGUUAUUGGGGAUCGGACGGUUCAGGAUUUGAAGCGUAGGUUGAUGUCUCAUUUACGUGACAGAGGCUUUGAUGCCGGUCUCUGUAAGUCGUGGUGGGAGAGAUUUGGGAGGCAUCCAGCUGGGUGUUACGAAUACGUUGAUUUGAACAUCAACGGUACUCGCUACAUUAUUGAAGUACAUCUUGCUGGAGAAUUUGAGAUCGCUCGUCCGACAAACGGUUACCUCUCAUUGCUCAAUCUUUUCCCAAAGAUAUUUGUUGGGAAACCAGAGGAACUGAAGAAGGUCACAAGCGUGAUGUGCAAUGGUAUAAGAGAGUCCAUGAAGAGUGUGUCGAUGGACAUUCCUCCAUGGAGGAGAAAUGGGUUUGUUCAAGCUAAGUGGUUUAGUCAUUACAAGAGAACAACUAAUGAAUCCCCAACUAAAGUUGGAGACCAAGAUGUUGCCAGAAGAACAAUUCUUGGGUUCGAGGCUUCCCCAGUGAAGGCUUACAAUUGCAGAGAUGAUUAUGGUAGGAAGGAUGGGAUGAGAUUUGGUCACUUGACUGCUGCUUUCAAUGGCAGUGGCAAUGGCAGGUAGUUGUGGGAUUGCUGGAUUGCUGGUACAAAGUUGCGUGUACAAAGAGUGUCAUUUACUUUUUCAGUUCUUUCUUUGAAAUGUUUUGAGGGGACCUAUGUAAAGUUUUCUGAGCAGACCCCUAAAAAUUAAAAUUCAGAUGUACUUGGGUCCAACUGAGGCCUAUAUUUUGGGACCAUAAAGUGCGUUUCAGCUUUUAAGGUAUUGAUUUGAA